CGCGGGUCAAACUUAUAGAAUCGAAAACGCAGCAUUUUGAACUACUAAUUUGCUCUUCUUGUCAACAAAUCCAACACUGCCGACUUGACUCAUCCCAAAAAAAAAAGAGACAAGAAUGGCGUCUCUGUGCCUCUCUCUCCACCAAACCCUAAAUACUAAUCCCCUGGCGGCUCUCAGAGGCAGACCACUCAGCCUCUCCUUCCCCGGAUCCUCCACCGUCUCCAUCCGUCCCUCAGGCAGACGCGCAACCGCCGUGACGACACGCGCCUCCUACACCCCGACGCCGGCGACGGAGCGCGUGAUUUCGAUAGCGUCGUACGCGCUGCCAUUCUUCAAUUCGCUGCAGUACGGGCGAUUCCUGUUCGCGCAGUACCCUAGGCUGGGAUUGCUGUUCGAGCCAAUAUUCCCAAUCCUGAACCUUUACAGAUCGGUGCCGUACGCGAGCUUCGUGGCAUUCUUCGGGCUGUAUCUGGGCGUGGUGAGGAACACGAGUUUGAGUAGGUACGUGAGGUUCAACGCGAUGCAGGCGGUGACGCUGGAUGUGCUGCUGGCGGUGCCGGUGCUGCUGACCCGAAUACUGGAUCCGGGUCAAGGAGGCGGGUUUGGAAUGAAGGCGAUGAUGUGGGGACACACGGGUGUGUUCGUCUUCAGCUUUAUGUGUUUUGUUUACGGAGUCGUCAGCUGCUUACUCGGCAAAACGCCCUACAUUCCCUUUGUCGCUGAUGCCGCCGGUAGACAACUCUAAUCCCGGCGACAAAUCUGCUCUCACUCACUCAGUAGUGUUGGUUAUUCGAUUCUAGAACCGGUUCUUUCUGGUUUGUAAGAAGAGAAGAAGAACCAAUCAAUUAGUGUUUGUUAG